GGAGUCUGAAUAGGUUAUUUUCGCUCCGCUUCCCUGAUGUGCUUCUGUCACUGGAUUAUAAACACAGACAUGACAACAUCUACAGUCCAGAUCGAUUGUGGACGGACAUCCGAAUAUGCAACACAUUGGAUACCCCUCUGCUUGUAAUUUUGGCUGGAUAAUGAAGAUAUGUAAUGGCUUUUGAAGUGAUUCAUGACACCAUGCUCAGACACAGUUGCAGGUGGAGACUGAAUGUGGCCAAGGUCUCGACGCUGUGAGCUGUUUUGAAUGGUGCCAUGACCAGUAAGGGUGGUAACCAUGAAGACACGCUAAGCCCUCCGUCUUCCUCCUCCUCUCGGUCCUCAGCAGCCCGUAAGCUGCAGGUGCAGAGAUCGCUCUCCCGAGAUACCAUUACCAUACAUUUUUCUGCCAAGGGAAAUGAGGAAGAGGAGGAGGAAGAGGAGCUCUAUAGGCUAGCGGUUUCCCCUUCUGGCCUUGAAACUGAAGAUCAGAGCAUAGUCACAGCUCAGGAGGCCAGCGAGGAGCUUCUUUCUGAAGGACUGGGAGCAGACAUGGUUACAGGAAUGCCAUCCCAAACUCAAAGUUCUGCCUUAGCUAUCCAGCACCCCUCUGUUAGCCUAGGUUGCACGGCUACUUCUAAUAUUGCUAGUUUCUCAUGGCCCUCUGAGCAAAGGUCAACUCCCCCUUUACCUUCCACCCAUUCAGCUUCCUCCAGCUCAUCACCAGCUAAGGCAUCUGCCCUACCUUCUAAGCCCUUUCUCAGCCUGGUCAAGUCACUUUCCACUGAGGUAGAGUCUCGAGAGGCUCCCGCUGUUGCUCCCCAGUCGGUAAGGCACCGUCAUUUAAUGAAGACCCUAGUUAAAUCUUUGUCAACAGACACUGCUCGACCUGAGCAGGAGCCUUCGUCAACUCCUCGACCCCCAGAUUCCAGGCUCAAUCUGCAUCUUUUUAAACCUUUCAGCCAAACACGUGUUCCUGCUACCAGUGGAGACUCCAAAACUGCUCCCUCAUCCCCCCUCACUUCCCCUGAUAGCCGUUCUUUCUUUAAAGUCCAGGAGGUGGAAGCACGCAUUGAAGACACAAAGCGCCGUCUCUCAGAGGUCAUGUGUGAGCCCCUUCAGCUGCUCAGCAAAAUCAUUGGCGAGGAACCUGGUGGUGUGAGCGCAAACUCUUCCUCAUCCACAACUGCUGGAGUGUCUUACCGGUCCAGAAACCUUUCCUCCAGCGCCUCUGAACUCUCCAACCUGUCUGCCCUCAACGGCCACUCAGAAAGCAACAACAACUACUGCAUCAAGGAAGAGGAAGAUCUGGAGAAUGAAAGCCCUGUUGAGAGUGCAACUGUUGAGUUCCCUCUCCAUAGGUCACCCUCGCUGGGUUUGGACAGGUGUUUUAUGUCAACGCUUGCUCGCCAGGAAGAUGAAGAAUUCUGUGAGCUCUACACCGAAGACUUUGAGUUCUGCACUGAUAUGGAGUUAGAUGGAGAAGAGCCUCAUAUAUCCCAAGUACAAAGAGGGAGUACAGCAGGAUGCAGUGAGGAACCGACUGAAGGAGGGGAGGAGGAGGAAGAGGAAGAUGAGCCUCCAGGAGUACCCCACAAUGGACUGAUUCUUCUUAUAUCUAUAGUUUAUGGAUACUUUGUGUUGCCACUGCCGCCUUAUGUGUGUUGGGUGUUGAUGGGAGUGGCGGCAGGUUUCAUGCUGGCAAUUUUGGUGGUGUGGUUGUCAGCAAGACAGAGAACAUCUUGGGGCCGUCAUGGCAGCUUGAGUAGAAGACAACAGUGGAACAGGGUUCCUUUGGAUAUCAAAGAACCAGCCAUUUACAAGGGUUGGAUGAAUGAGAUCUGCAGUUAUGACCCUGAGACAUAUCACGCCACACUCACUCACUCUGUGUAUGUGCGUCUGGAGGGCUCUGUCCUGCGUCUGUCCAAGCCUAACCGCAAUAUUCCCCGUCGGGCAACCUUCAGUGAACUCAAACCUGAUGUCACCUAUGUUAGCCAAAAAAUUUAUGAUCUCACUAACAGUAAGGUCUACCUGGUACCUUACAACCUGGCCAGGAAAAGGGUGUGGAAUAAGAAGUAUCCUAUCUGCAUUGAGCUGGCCAAGCAGGAUGACUUCCUUGCCAAAGCCCAGGGAGAAAAGACAGAGGUGGUGGAGGAGAAGACCCUUCCAGCCGGAGACAAGGCUGAGAUAGUAAGCACUAGUGAGGAACCUAAGAGAGUGCACACAGAACCUGUGCUGUACCUCUUUGGGAGGACAGGAAGAGAUAAAGAGGAAUGGUUCAGAAGGAUGCUGUUUGCGUCCAAACUAAAAUCCGAAGCCAAGAAGCCCUCAGGCCUGCCUACAAGCUGUCUGUCUCACAGUCGCAGCAGCAGCCGUGGCAGUCUGGAUGAAGUGCUCCAGUCUCAUCCCAGACAAAAAGACCUCGGUGCCAGUGUCAAACAGAAAGUUCUGGAAUACAACGUCUAUAUGGCCAAAUAUGUCAGCCAAUCAGCAGGAAGCCCUACCACGAGCCCUGUUCAGAGUGCUGGAAGCAGUCCUGGAACCGCUAAAAAGUUUCCAGAAAGUUGUGAACAGAGCGCUGAAACAGAGGCGUGGAUCAAUGCUCUUUUGGGUCGCAUGUUCUGGGAUUUUCUUAAGGAGAAAUACUGGGCAGAUGUGGUGUCCAAAAAGAUCCAGAAAAAGCUGAGUAAGAUUAGGCUGCCAUACUUCAUGAAUGAGCUGACUCUGACUGAGUUAGACAUGGGAAUAUCCAUUCCCAAGAUACUCAGCUCUUCUAAACCUUCUGUAGAUCACAAAGGCCUUUGGUUUGACUUGGAGAUAUCCUACAAUGGUUCCUUUCUUAUGACUCUUGAAACCAAAAUGAACCUGACCAGAUUGGGAAAGGAGGGGGAAGGCCUUGGGGAACAGGGGAAAGAAGGAUCCAGACCCCGCACGUACUUCCUGGCCGACAGUGAUGAAGAGUCAUCAAGUGCAGGAUCUUCUGAUGAAGAAGAUACUGUUGAAGUGCCUGAAAUCCCAGGGGUGGAGGGUUUUGUUGGGGGACACAAACCAAGCAAAAUCAUGCGCUUUGUGGACAAGAUUGCCAAAUCCAAGUAUUUCCAGAAAGCCACAGAGACUGAGUUCAUUAAAAAGAAAAUCGAAGAAGUGUCCAAUACUCCGCUGCUCCUGACAGUGGAGGUCCAGGAGUGCCAAGGAACACUUGCUGUUAACAUUCCCCCACCUCCAACAGACAGGAUAUGGUAUGGCUUCAGAAGGCCUCCUCGUCUGGAACUGAAAGCUCGGCCAAAACUGGGAGAAAGGGAGGUUACUUUUGCUCACGUGACAGACUGGAUAGAAAAAAAACUAGAUCAGGAAUUUCAGAAAAUAUUUGUGAUGCCAAACAUGGAUGAUGUCUGGCUGCCUAUCAUGCACUCUGCCAUGGACACGCGUUCCAAUGCCAGUGCCUUGAAGGACGAAGAAACCUUGGAUCCUAAAGAAUCUCUCGAGGACAUGUGAAGAUUUGUUUCUUUAUAAAUGACAAAACAAAAAAAAAAUCCCAUGAGGGCAAGACUAAAUCUUGAAAGUUGAAAAUUACAGGUGCCACCUUGCCCAUUGAACAGAGCUGUGAAAAAUCUGAACACAUUCAUAACUAAAAGAAAGGACGAUAUUGCUUGCUUGCUUGCUUGCUUUUGAUUUGGUCGGGACCACAUGAAGGCGCACGCUGUAGGCCCUCAAACAGGUUUUGGUGAUGUACGAAAAUGCAUAGGUUAAGAAUGUCGAACAACUAGUGAAAAGACAGUAUAGAGCCUAGAAAGGCCUAUGAGUUGAAGUGUACGCGCUACCUCUGUUUGAUACAUGCUGACUUACCAAAAGUCCAGGGAUCGAAUGGCAGUACCUAAACGACUUCCUGCAGUAUCCUGAUGCCUGGCCACACACGAUUUAUUAUUCGAGGGCUCUCACUGGACUUUUGGUGAGACAGAGUGCCUGCAAACCACCUCAGUGUUCAUUAUUUGAAGCUGUGCAUCCCUGGGGUGCAUAGAGCAUCAAUAAUGGAUGCAUCCAGACAUUUUAACAGAACCAAUAAGCCAGAAGGGGACAUUUGCAUCCAUUAAUGAUGUUUAUCAUGAUUGUCAUAUGCGUCUAGCGACAAAUAAUUUCAGACACAACAGACCUACCAGUACCACAAUUAUCCUCUUCCAUUCACUGCUGCCUGAGCCCUCUGUGUGGCAUCUGAUUAUGCAAUUAGAUCAAUUUCACUGUGCUUGAGGGGGACACCAGCCAAUAACCCCCUCAUCCCCAAGCGAUCCCUUCUCAAGCCUGUUCAAGAGCUUUCUAUGAGAGAUAUCAGAAGCCCCUCUGCAGUGGGCAUAGAUCAGUGGUUCUCAAAUGGUGGGUCACAGGUCUGUUCUCACUGGCUAAAUUGCUGAUGCGAUUAGUUAAGAUGACAAAACUUGGAGCUGUUAUUACUUAUUUGGACCCGGAUAUGCUGAAUGCAUAUUAUACUUAAAUACUGUAGCGUUUAAAGAACAUAUUAGUUGACAGCAUUUAUUUGCUAUGGGAUUACGUUCGUAGUUGCCAAGUAAUACGUGUAACUGCUAUUGCUUUAGAAAGUACUUGUCAAAUUUGCAGUCAAAUACUUUGAUAAUUUCUUAGACCAAAACUAAUACAGUAGGAAACUGUAUGAGCCCCAUGAUGACAAAACUUGGAUAUUUAAAUAGAAGGGGAUAAUUCAUGUCACAGGACCAAAACCAUUCUGUUGGCUGUUUGUUGAGAAUUUCUUACUGGCUAUUAAGAUAUUGAAUGGUACUCAAUGGGUUAAGAUUGGUGGUAAACAUUACAUUAAGAGACUUUCACAUUUUUUAGACAUUUAACAGUCAUAUGUGGAUGCGUGUAUAUUAAGACUGCAAACUAAUAUCCUGACUAGGGCCAAACUGAAUCUGUGGACUGCUUUUGAUUUUUCUGCGCAGAAUUUUGAAGAAGAAAAAAAUUAAAUUUUGAGAGUAUAUGAGCUGGAAACAAACAAAAACCCUCAACUUUAAGGAUUACAAUGCAAAUCCAAUUGACCCUUCGCUAAGCUCCGCCGUCCUUACUGUUGCUACGCCUGUCAAGCUUUCGUGCCUGGCACAUCUAUUACAAUGUGUAUGCGCCAGUGUCAGACAUUACCAGGAAUAUAAUUAGUCAUUUUUUGGUGAACAUGGGAGAUAUCUGAGAAAGCCAGGCAAAAAAGGACUGCAGUAUGCAUUACAGGCGUAUAUUCAUGACAUACUAGGCAACUGAUUAGAAAGUAAUUUACACAAAAUUGAAGCUAAAGCCUAGCAGCCUCAUACGCUGACCAUUCAACAGCUUAGUUCAUGCACAGCAGGAGAGGUGACAUUUAAAAAUAAUCUAAUGAUAAUUAAUUAAACCAUGAUUUCUCUGUUUUUUUGCCAAAAAGCCUUAUAGAUUAAUUGUUGUUCAAUGAAAUAUAGCGUUACUAACUGACGAGGAAACACGCACGGACAGUGCUUAUACCUCAUUCAUAGAAAGAGCAGCCAUAAAGGAGAAAUUUAUGGAUUUGUACCAAAUAUUAGCAUCAUUGACCCAUAACAAUGGACAGUACCUAUGACUGUCAGUAUGUUUGUGUGCUUUAUAUACCGUUUCUUUUUUUAUUUGCAGUUAAGUGGGAAAACUAAAAUAAAUUGAAAUCCAAAUUAAAGUAUAAAUAGCAGAAGUGAACAAUUAGAUUUUCCUUACCAGCAAUUAAUCCGACACCAAAUAUAAAAGCAGACCAUAACCCGAUAUAUUGUCGUCACCAAUGACUAAAUCUCCAAAAGACGGACGAAAACAUUAGUGAGUUGAAGCUCUGACAUGGGCAUGAGGGUUAUAAACGACUGAAAAACAGCUGCGGGUGAAGUAUAUUGAUCGCAAGUUCUCAGUUUAUGAUCAUAUCUCUGUUUUGUUCUGUUCAUAUGUAGUUUAAAAAAUUCGUAUCUUGAAACGGAUGGAAAUAUGACUGUAUUGUGCUCGCUCUUACAGCUAAUGCGAGGGCUUAAUCGGAGCAGUGCUCAUAA